AUGGAUCCCUCACGCGCCAUGACCCGGGUGCUCGGCACCUCGGAGCUACUCGCUUCGAUUCUCAGCCAUCUGCCUCAGGGGGACUUGCUUCGGCUGCAACGGGUGUCUCACUCGUGGCUUUCACUGAUCAGAGCGUCACCCGUUCUAUGGCCCACCACCUUCACGGGCCAGAGCGAUUUCCGGCAUACCACGACGGGAACUCCGCGGUUGAACACUUUCGCUAUCAGCUGUCUCCGCUGGUCGCCUAGUUUGGAGACCGAUGCGCUGAACACGGCUGAGUUCCGCUCGGUCCAAGCGGAUCAGACUCUGCGGGCGGUGGCUUAUGAGAACGCUUCUUGGAGGGCUCAGUAUCUGACCUGGCCCCCCGUGUCGAGAAUAACCGUCGUGCAUGGAACGAUCUCCCAGGAGGAACCCGGGCUUCCCGACUUGAUCAUUGCCUCUCGCCAGGGUGACCCAGAGCCCCUCGAGUCGCAGGAACAGAGUGAGGAUUCCGACUCUGACUUGGACGACGAGGCGCCUCCCCUCGUCUUGUAUAUCGAAGACUUUCCGCACAAUGCUGGUCGGGAGUGCCAUGGGAUCCGCGUCUUGGACCUGAUUUAUGGCCUUCGACUACAUUAUCUGCAGUACUCUUUCAGCUUGGAACACUAUCUCCGUCCGGCAUUUGAAGCUCCCAGAGGAGGGGAAAUUCUUGCUGGUCUCAAAAAGUUCCCACGCAAACUUAUGCUUGAUGUUACCGUGCCCAAUAUGUGA